CACCACCAAUCCCACAACCUCUGCGUGGAGAGAGCACAACUGCAGCCUACCUGCUUGUCAUCUCAGGAUGGGGUCAGCAGCAGGAAGUGCUCCAGCUGCUGGCGACGAUCCCCUCUUUGACCCGCUGUCCGCCUUUGCUGCCUCGUCCUCGUACACCUCCUCGCAGCGUUCCUCUCGGCCUGGCACGUCACAUGACGAUCAAACGCGUCCUUCUGGUAUCGAAGCGUCAGCAGGGCGACAUUACUUUGACCUGAAAGCACUACAGUCAAGUCUACAAUCAAAUGAUACCACGGCUGCAGCCUUUCCCAAGGCGACGUCUAGCGUCAGGGACAGUUCAGCAGGACAAGUAGGCUACGAUGGCGAAGACGACGGAGGAAAGACCCCAGGCGAAAGGAGGCCCCGACUGAUAGAUACUAGCGAGGGGAGGUAUGAGAAAGGCGGUGCUGAAGACGAUGAGACCAGGUCACAGUCGGAGGCUCUUACGCCGAGAUCAUCGAUGUCUGCUCUCAGAGGACAAUCUCCCUCAGGGCAACCCGGUCUCAACGCCCAGACCCUGCCAGCCUCCAGACCCACAGGACUGCAGAGUCCCUAUCACGACCGUCGUAGCGAUAGUCGACUUGGAAAACGACCCUCCGAAAGUGGGCAAACUAGUCGGCCACCCUCAAGAGCAAAUGCUCCUUCUUCACCAUUCUUUCCCAGCGAGCCGCGGCCCAACAGCCGGGCACAUCAGAAUCUCCGGGAGCCUCGAGACUUGUACGAGGAACCAGACGAUGGAGACGCGGCUAGUGCUUCGGAAGAGGAUGAGACGGGUUUUCUCUCAAGAUUACAUCUCAUGUCCGAUGCUGAGCUGCAGCGCUUGAUGGGCGCAACGAUCAGGCCCGGGGGCUCGCCUCGGCAGCUCUCGCCUUCCUUUUCGCGUCCAUCGCUCGCUACUGUACAGGCCGGUACGCCUCAGCAUAGCCUGAGCUCGCCAGUGCUAGGCGAAGUUGCCAUGUUCGCUCAAGCAGCAAAGCUGCAAGAGAUGGAAAGCGUCGAGCUUUGCAGAAAGCUGUCUCGAGCCCUUGCGGAAGCCUUGUCAGAGGUCACUGAUGCAAGGCAGAGUCUCAGAGAGCAGCAGGAGCGCUUUGCUACGCAGAUGGACGCUAUGAAAAGGCGAUCGGAAACAAGGGAGGAGGCUAUGUAUGCUGUCUGUCUACAGCAUGGUAUUGCGGCGGGCACGAUCGAUCGAGCGGUUGCUAGGGCUCUUGCUGACAUGCCGCAGGUCAGCAUCAAUGUCGAGGAGCAGGUCAAGACGCUUGCCCAGAGGACGUGGCUAUCUGCUCCAGAUACGCCGGCCUACCCUUCCACACGGCGCAGUAGCGUUCACUCACGCUCUGCCGGCUUGGACGGAGAAAGGCGACCUCGAUCAGCGGCCAGUGCUGCAGAAAUGAUACAUGAGCCAAGCUUGCCUGUUUCCCUUCAAGAGGCGAUGCUGGACGAAUUUCACGUCGGAGGCAGCUCUGGUAUUCCUGUCUCUUCGGACGUUCGCCUCUCUGCUAAGGCUCGUGCCGCUUCCUUACAGCAGGGGUCCGCAAAAGAUGCACGACCGGACUUGGGCACAACCCAGUCUGCCUCCCGCUCGAGCGAUGGCACAUCUUCUGCAUUGCCCACACCAAGUAGUAGCCACUCCGAGGCAGCUGUCAGCUUCGGCAGCUCUCGUCGAUCAACUACCGGUAGCUCGCCGAUCAGCGCACGGCGCUCCAGCUCAAGAGCGGUAGACGGUCUGCUGCCGUGGAACAACGAAAGCAAAGACCGCAAAGCUAUUGCCACGACACAAUCGACUCUUGUUCCAGCAGUGAACGCAGACAGCGCUGUCGCGAACACAUACACUCCAGCGUCGCUGGGAUCUACAACCCUUCCCUCGGUGCCUAGCCUCCGGACUUCAUCGUCCAAUCCAGGGUUCUUCAGCAGCUUUGGAUGGAAAAGGGGCAAAAAGGGGGCGCCACCAGUACCCGUGGUUCCUGACACUGUCGCUUCGCCCAGUGCGGACGGCAAAGUCCUGGAUCAGGCCAAGUCUGCACCUCUACCCUUAGGGCCAAGUGAUCAAAGCACUUCUGUCCAGUCCGUCGCCAGAGUUGAGGCGCCCCCCAAUGACUCAACAUCGAUACACCCUCAGCUAGAUCGGACCUCGUCUGGCACAGACGUGAUCUCUGCACUCCACGAAGCGAUAGGCUCAGCUCCAGUAUCGCCGUCUGAGCACCCAGCUCACCACAUCGAUCUCAAAGCUCUACCCAAACCUCCAUCGGUCAAGGCGAUUUUCCUCGCUACCCGUAUCCUCGGCAACGACGCUUCGAGUUUGUUACAGAACCGCGGUCGUAAGAUCUCCCAGCAGGUGGCCCAAAAGGCUGUUGACGUGGUAAAGAAUUCUCUAGAUGAAGGACUUCAUAUCGACGAGCCGCCGAAUCGAGGCUCCAGCCAGCAAACAACCAUACGGAGACCGUCUGGCACCCAGCCUCCGGUGCAGCGCGAGUCUGCGAGGUCUACUGAGAGAUCUGAAUGCCGUCCAGUCGCCAGCGCCAGCAUAAAACAGAAGCAACGAGCACAGUCUGUAGCUGCACAAGCUGCUGCUGCCAUCGUCGAAUCUGCUUCUGGACCGGGGACAGCAGCUGUGGGCCGGCUCAGUGGACGACGGAGUGAGGUGCGUCUUCCGUCCCGUUCACGCGUGGAACCAAAUGUCACCCGUCUACCGCGCCAAAUUGGCUAUGGAAGCACUCAGCAUCGAGCACCGUCUCUUGCCGACAGGACAGCAGCCGAGCCUCGUACGCCCAGCAAAGGCCCACCAGGCGUCGAAGGAGAAGCUGGCCUACCAGUAGAGCUGGAGGCGAUUGUUCCUUUCGAUGGCAAGCCGCCAACGCUGGCUCUCUUCUCUCAAACGGGUCGCCGACCCACUCGCGCACCCAUCAGUAACGGCGACAAUGACGACGAAAGUUCUGGAGACGAGUUCGAAGUCUAUGGUGGGAAAGGAAACCUCGUCAUUCCUCAGCCGGUACGGUCUUCCGCCAUUGGCUUUGACGACCGAGCUGUUGAUGUGUUCGGCUUUGUCUACGAUGCCACGCCGGCUGACGUUCGUCUGCUGAGGCAGGCCCGGAAGGCGUCCACCCCAGCUCCUGCCUGUCUGACGGGCAUCAGGGUCGGGGUGGCAGCCCGUGGUGGCUCUGAUCGGCAAAGUGGAAGCGAAGCUGAUGAGGCGGACACGGACACGGACGCGGACAGCAUCAUUGCGAAGGAAGAGAGCACAAGUGAGGACAUGUCCCACACUGUCACCGACGCCAUGCCUGCCACUCCAAGCAAGUCCACUACCGAGCCUGCAGACAGCUCUCCUGAGACAAGCCCUGUCAGGCUGCUGGGUAUCGCCCGAGGUAGGCCCUCGACAGAGACUUCGCAAGUCAGCGCAUCUUCCGGCCUAGAAGCUGGCCCCACCAGUCCUGGCCAAGAAAGGGAAUUUCAAUUGUCCAGCGAUCCCUCGAAAGCUCCUGAAGGCCAUGAUGAGGAGCCCACCACCACGACAGGCACCUCUAAGACGCGUGAACCUAAAGCGACUUCCGAGACGGUCCGUCAUCUUCUUGAUCAGCUCAAGGUCAUGCAUUCUCAGCACCAAGAAGUCCAAAAGGCCAAGUGGGAUGCAUUCAUUCAGCAUCGCCGCACAGUGAUGACACGGUCAGCUGAGAAUGCGUCGGGCACACAAGAUCGUGACAAAGAAAAAAAGAGCUUGUCGAAAACCGCUCGCGGCCUCUUGGCCGAUGGUCGUACUCCAAAUGCUGAAGAUCAAUACCAUCACGGUCUCAUCGGCGUGCGUCUCUUGGGCGACGACAAGUCAGGGAAAGAGGACCGCAAGCAAUUUCUCCGCCUUGUUCAGGAAGGGAUCCCCUUGGCUCAUCGACCCAAGAUCUGGGCGGAAUGCAGUGGUGCAAGCGAAGUGGCAGAGCCCGGACUCUUCCAGGAUCUGCUCAACGAGCACGCCAGCGAGUCCAAUCCCUGUCUCGUCCAGAUCGAUCUUGACGUGCAUCGCACUAUGCCCACCAACAUCUACUUUGGAGGUGAUGGACCUGGCGUACCCAAGUUGCGGCGGGUCCUCGCAGCGUACUCUUGGUACAACCCGAGUACCGGAUACUGUCAGGGUAUGAACAAUCUUGCUGCCACUCUGCUGCUCACACACGCCACCGAGGAAGAAGCUUUCUGGGUGCUGGUGUGCAUCAUUGAUAAGAUUCUGCCAGAGGAUUACUACACUUCACAUUUGCUGGUCUCUCAAGCCGAUCAGCGAGUACUGAUCGAUCUCGUCCGCGAGCUGAUACCAAAGCUGGCGGAUCAUUUAGAGGACUUGGGCGUCGAUUUGCCUGCCGUCACUUUUGCUUGGUUCUUGUCGCUCUACACCGAUUGCCUUCCCGUUGAGACCCUCUUCCGCGUCUGGGACCUCCUCUUCGUCGAAGGAAUGAUCAUCCUCUUCCGCGUAGCCGUAGCAAUCCUGAUGAUGAACGAGAAGGAACUCAUAGCUACCACGUCCCCCGCCGCCUUCUACGGACACGUGCACAGCAUGACUUCGCGUCUCUUUUCUGUGGACAGACUUUUGCAGCUCGCGUGUCAAGACUUGCGCAACGUUGUGACAGAGGAGAAAGUUCUCCGGCGGCGCAGAAUCCACAUUGCCGAUAUUAAGGAUGAGCUUGGUCUCGCCGAAUAAGUCCCGCUUCGCUUUCUAUAAGUUACCACAGCCACAAGACAUCACUAUACGCUCCUUUCUCACAUUCGCAUGCAUGUACAAUAGCUUCAUCUGGGGUGUUCAUCUGAUUCGCGUACAUUCAUUCGCUUCUGGCCAAUGACGCCUGCAUCGUUAUUCCGGCCCUACAAAUGCCAGCUGUCGAGCUUGCAGAAGAGCUCCC